CUCCGUCAACGCGCCUGCUCCGUGCGGGAUGCUGAAUUGUAGGUGAUGAUGGCGGAAGGGGAGCAGCGCUGAGUUUCAUCUGAGUUUUAACCACCGCUGUAGAACCAUCUACAACAUCGUUUCUCUCCGUCGAGACCUAUCCCGAAGCGAUGGGGAACGAGGCCAGUAUGGAAGGGGAGGGACAAGCGGGACAGCCCGGUGCCGCCGUCCCUUCCGCUGGGGCUCCGGCUUCCAUUUCAGCACCACCGGACUCCGGACAGCUCAUCAAGCCCAGCAAUGGAGCGCCGGCCGGAGGAAGUGGGGCUGGACCCGGGCCGGGGAUUAACAGACCGCCCCCAUCCGACCCGGGACCUAAAGCAGGAGUCCAGAGCGGCCACGGGACGGGGGACCGGUUGGCCUCGCACGAAACCCGACAGCACGCCGCGCCGCAAGGAGAGCAGGGCCAGGGUCACGUGUCCAGGAAGAGUCUGCACGUGGACGUGGGAAGCAGCAGGACUGGGCGGUCCCCCUCCGUGUCCCCGGACCGAGGCAGCGUCCCCAGCUCUCCUUACUCUGUGCCACAAAUUGCACCCAUGCCCAGCAGCAAACUGUGCCCCGUCUGCAAAACCACCGACCUGAUGGGCACCGGGGACGACAAGCCCACCUCCAACACCUGCACGCAGUGCUGCUCCAUGGUGUGCACCCAGUGUGGGUUCAACCCCAACCCUCACCUCACAGAGGUUCAGGAGUGGCUCUGUCUGAACUGUCAGAUGCAGAGAGCGUUGGGGAUGGACAUGACCACACCACGCUCCAAGAGUCAGCAACAGAUACACUCUCCUUCUCAUGCAGCCAAACCAGAACUUAGACCUGAUGCUUCAAAUCUUCCUGAACCCCAGACACAUUCCCGUCCUCAAACACAGCCUCCAGCGCAGGCCCAUCCAGCGCAGGCCCAUCCAGCGCAGGCCCAUCCAGCGCAGGCCCAUCCUCCAGGACAGGCCCAUCAUCCAGGACAGGCCCAUCAUCCAGGGCAGGCCCAUCCUCCAGGACAGACCCAUCCUCCAGGACAGGCCCAUCCUCCAGGGCAGACCCAUCCUCCAGGACAGGCCCAUCAUCCAGGACAGGCCCAUCAUCCAGGGCAGGCCCAUCCUCCAGGACAGACCCAUCCUCCAGGACAGGCCCAUCCUCCAGGGCAGACCCAUCCUCCAGGACAGGCCCAUCAUCCAGGACAGGCCCAUCCUCCAGGGCAGGCCCAUCCUCCAGGGCAGGCUCACCCUCCAGGACAGACCCAUCCUCCAGGGCAGGCUCACCCUCCAGGGCAGACCCAUCCUCCAGGACAGGCCCAUCCAUCGCCUGGCUUUCUCAAACAGGCAGGUCCAGCUGGCCCAGGUCAACAACAAAUAAAGCUCCCUCCAGGGGCGAUUGCUCUCCCCGGCAUGGCCAAAGCCCCUUCCCAGCCUGAUCUGUCCCGCAACUCUCCUGCCCACCAACCCCAGCCCCCCCGCCACGACCAGACUCGAAGUGCAGGGAGCUCUCCUUCGCGGCAGCCCCCACCUCCAGAGCAGACAUUCGGGAAGCUGUUUGGCUUUGGCGCUUCUCUUCUCAACCAGGCCAGCACUCUCAUAUCUGAGACUACUCAACCACAACAACAGCCCCCGAAAACAGCCCCCAAACCAGUAGGACCGGUAGGUCCAGGGCCCGGGGCGGGUAAACCCUCAGGACCUCCGCCUGCCCAGCAGGGGCCUCGAGCUCAACAGCAACAACAGCACGCCCCCAUGGAUUCCACCAAACCCAAAGCUUGUUGUCCUCUCUGCAAGACCGACCUCAACAUCGGCAACGCGGCGGAGCAGCCCAACUACAACACCUGCACGCAGUGCCACCAUCAAGUGUGCAACAUGUGUGGAUUCAAUCCCACGCCACACUUAGUCGAGAAGAAAGAAUGGCUGUGCUUGAACUGCCAGACGCAGAGGGCUCUGUCAGGAAGCCUGGGAGAGGCUGCAGCUCCUGUUGCACAGCCUUUGGGUUCCCCGCGGCCACCUGCUACAGCCAAUCAACAACCACCUCAGCAGAAAGGGCCAAAUCAGCUUUUAGGGCCUAGGCCCACAGGUCCUCAACAACAACAGAAACCACCGGGCCACCAAGUAAGUGGCCCUGUCUCUCCUGUGAAACAUGCUGGAUCUGCCCCUCAUACCAAGGGGCCCAGCCAAGCUCAAACCAAGGGCUCUGCCCAACCCGCUUCUCAGAAUAAGGGUCCAAAUCAACAACCUUCCCAAACUAAGGGUCCAUCACAAGCCUCAGCUCAGAGUAAGGGACUUCAAAGCAAAGGUCCUAAUCAAUCACAAGGUCAGAGUAAAGGCCCUGUUCAGUCUGCUAACCAAAUGAAGGGGCAGGGCCAGGCCAAAGGGCCCACUCAGACAAAGGGAUCUGCUCAGCCCUCUGCUCAGAUUAAGGGCCCUUCUCAUGCUCCUGGGGCCAAGGCCACCCCUGGCAAAGCCACACCCAACCAUGCCAAGGCCUCCCCCACCCCAUCAAAAACAACACCUACUCAGUCUAAACCCACAGGUAACAACCAGGCCCGCAAACAGCCGCAGUGCCAGGAGAAGGCCAAAGUCGCAUCCAAAUCUCAAAAAGAAGAUGUCAAGGCUUCCCCGAAGAAGAUACUAUCAGAGACUAUCACUUCGACCAAAGACAUGAAGAUAGCUGAAGAUGCACAGAAGUCAAGACGCCAUGAAGAUUACAAUAAAUCAAGUACGCUGAGUCUAAGUGACACUGGAUACUCCUCUGAUGGGAUCUCAAGCUGUCAUGGGGAAAUUACAGGACAGAUCCGGGAAGAAGGAAUCCAGCUCAGUGAAAAAGGGGCUUCCAUCCCCUCGGAAAUCACCAAGCUUGAGAGCUCCAUGAAGCCUCUACUAGAGUCAAAGACUUCAGACCAGAAACACAGGCCACAUUCACUGUCUGUCGGGCAGGGCCGGGACUACAAUCCUGAUGACGAUGCAGCAAGGGAUGAAUCAGAGGAUGAACUGAGUUGUAAGCUUCGCCACGAUUAUGUGGAGGACAGCAGUGAAAGUGGUCUGUCCCCAUUGCCAGUAAGACAGAAGAAGUCCCAUAAAGAUUUAACCGAUGAGGAAUUCAUGAGGAGGCAAAUCCUGGAGAUGAGUGCGGAUGAAGAGGAGAUGGAAGAACAUGGAAACCAGAAGAGUAAAAGGGUUCACAAAACUGGUGGGGAUUUAAGCAAGGAGAGGCGACGACUCUCUCACCAAUCAAAUAGUUUUGAGGAGGACACCAAGCCAACGGAGGCAAAUGAAGAGGAAGAUGUAGUAAUGGCCGGUGGCCUUCGGCGUUUUAAGACCAUUGAGCUGAAUAACACAAACAGCUACAACCGAGACAUGGAGCUCAGCACCGAGCAUGACCUACGAGAACCUGAGCUAGAGAUGGAAAGUUUGACUGGUUCUCCUGAAGAGCGUUCCAAGGGAGACUAUUCAUCCACUCUACCUGCCACCACACCCAGCUACACCUCUGGAACAUCCCCCACGUCUGUGUCCUCCAUGGAGGACGACAGUGACAGCAGCCCUAGUCGCAGGGCAAGACUCGAGGAGGCAAAGCAGCAGAGGAAGGCUCGACAUCGGUCGCAUGGGCCCCUGCUGCCCACUAUUGAAGACUCGUCUGAAGAAGAUGAGCUCAGAGAGGAGGAAGAACUACUUCGAGAACAAGAGCAGAUGAGAGAUUUAGAGCAACAAAGGAUACGAAGUACCGCUCGAAAAACAAAGAGGGAUAAAGAGGAGUUACGAGCACAGAGACGCAGGGAAAGAUCCAAAACUCCGCCCAGUAAUCUCUCACCCAUUGAAGAUGCAUCGCCAACAGAGGAACUGAGGCAGGCUGCUGAGAUGGAAGAGCUUCACAGAUCAUCAUGUUCUGAAUACUCACCAUCUAUGGAUUCAGAGGCAGAGGGCUUUGAGAUGAUUGGUGGAAAGCUUUACAAAUCUGGAAAUGAAUAUAACCUUCCAACAUUCACAUCACUCUACUCCCCCACAGAAAAGACAUCAUUAAUGUCGCCAUCUGAUAAAACUCUAAAGAGUGCAGAGGAGGUCUAUGAGGAGAUGAUGAAGAAAGCACAGCUCAUGCAGAGGCAGAAAGGUGCCUCUCAGACGGACAGUAAACAUCACCUUGAAGCAGCAGGAACUGUAUUGACCCCUGGCUCAAGUCCAACACAGGUUACUGCCCCCAUGUCCUUCCCCACAACAGGGAGUGAUCCAAGAAUUCCAGGAAUGCAUGCAGCACAGCACCUAUCAAAAGAAACGCAAAAUAGGAUGAUGACACAGAGUGCCAAAAUUGAAGGAGUUGUUGGAGUUGCCACAACCAAAGCCCAAGUCAGUCAGACUGCCACAACUAGACAGGCAGGUAGCACAGUGCCUGCUGGCAACAGAGGAGGCUCCCAUAGGCCAACACAGGCAUCACCUGACUCUGCGGCAUCCUCCCUGACCUCCAAAGUCUUCUCCCUCUUCAAAGGGCCCAGCCCCCCGGUAUCUCCCAAUGCUUCUCCAGCACAAAGCCCAACACAUAUGUCAUCCGUGAGAUCCACUGGUGGGAGUGGCAGGCAGCUGCCAUCUUUACCUGGUGGUCCCACAUCAGCGCAGGCACCUCAAAGAGCAACUUCACCACGUCUUGCACGACAACAGUCCUCUCGUGAUUCGCCAGCUAUGGUGAUAACUCUAGCCUCAGACACAACCAGUCCUGCCAAGCCGCUGACAGUUAAUUCUUCCACGUCCCCUUUGUCAUCACCAACCCAGGUGAGUUGUAAAACCUUGUAUAGUUCCCAGCCCUCUUCGACAAGUUCUCCAACAUCACCACAAAUGCAUCCAUCACAACAGUCUCCUAAACAUUCGUCACAGAUGGCUCAACAUUUUGACAAAGUUAAUGUUGGCAUUGGCACUGUCACCCCAACUGCACAUAGUUGUGAGACCAUGGAAAACAUAUCUCUGAGUAAAAUUUCAAAUAGUUCAGGCUCCUCAAUGGUUGUGGGUCAGGUUCAAACACAUCAAAUCUCUAAUGUCGUGGAUCUGAGAGCCCCAAUGAGGCCUGCUCCAUUUAUAAUGACGGAUCAGGGAAUGGACCUAACAUCUCUUGCCUCUGAUGCAAGGAGAUACUCUUUAGGAGCAGAGCAGCCAUCCGGUCGACACACAGCGGUGCAACCUCUUAUUAUGAACCUGAAUGCACAAGAGCAACCUUACAUAUCCGUAUCAACACCCACUACGGUCAGCGUCACAGUUGCAGGAUCUAUGUUCAUGUCCCAACCCAAGCAAUUAGUUGUGUAUGGAGAUCCUUUGCAACACCGUGUUGAUUUGGGGCAGGGUGUUGGAUCAGCUGUGUGUUUAUCCCAGAACAAGCCACCCAUUACAGACCCAUCUAUUCCAAAAAUUGAUGCCUGUCUGGAGAAUCUAGGUAUACAACAGCAACAACUGCAGUUACAGCAGCAGAAGCUCCUGCAGCAGCAACAGCUUCUUGAGCAGCAGCUCCAGCAGCACCAUCAGCAAUCUUCUUUUGCACGUUACAAUUUAGCUAAUCAGGUCCAGCCAACCCUAAUGAAAAAAGACCUUGUAGUCAGCCAGACAAGUAGUGGCCAGCCGACAGUGACUGCUAGUGCCAUCUCUAGAGUAUCCCCCUUAGUUCCACCACCAGUGUCUGGAGCUCCGGCUUCUAACACUCCCCAUGAGGUCUAUAGUGGAGUUGCCUUAGAACUGAAAAACAAGCCAACAGUAAUGAACUUGUCCACUGGUAAGCCCCAUGUUAUGAUGGUACAACUUGAUGAAAAUAAACCAUCACAGGGGGGCACAGUGACUCAGCUGGUUAAGCAAGAGGAACCUCCUCUUCCUCCUCAGGUCUUGGAUCUCACUGGACAGAUCAAACCAGAAAACCAGGUGGCUUGUUGUGAUGUUGUUUACAAAUUACCCUUUGCUGGUUCCUGUUCAGGGUCAUUCAAUCAGAAGCCUCCAAUGGUAUCAUCAGAUAAAACCCCCACCCCUGAAACCUCUCAAGCCACUUACCCUCCCCAUCCACCACACUACAAUAUCAUUCAACAACAACAAAAACAACAUCAGCCUCAACCUACGCAAAGAGCAACUGAGGAACAUAAACCAUAUCUACCACCUGCAGGACCCUCAGGCAGAAUUCAGCCUUCUAUGUCUGACAGUAAUCUUCCCUCCGUGACUGAUGCUGGUCACUAUCAGACUAACAUUCAGGGGGGUCUGGCUGUAGAUCUUAGCAGCAUGAAUCAGGGUUAUGAUGGUGGAUACCUUGGCAUUGGAGCACAAUAUGGAUCUUACACAGAUUUGCGUCAGCAAGGAGAUUUCACUGGUCCUUCAUUACCCCUUCGCCGAUAUGGUUCCAUGUCAAAUAUUAAUUCCGACUAUGUCUACAAUUCACGUGACCAAAUAGGAUCACAAGAUUCUAAUCUGGCUCAGUAUAGUGCAACCACUGCCAGGGAGAUCAGUCGCAUGUGUGCAGCUCUAAACUCUGGGGACCAGUUUGGGAGUCGCUAUGGAAAUAACCCUGAAUUGCUACAAUAUGGGGCAGGAAGGGGUGGAUCUUUAGGUAGGUUAAAUCUCCAGCAAAGCUUAGCAACAAUUAGAGCAAACCUACUUUUUGGCCCAGAUGGAAGACCAACCGCAAAUGGCCAAACACUAACAAAUCUAAUAAAUGCUAGACAAGCAAGUAUACGUGCCCUGUACCCUGCUGCUAUGAGAGGAGGUGAUGGCAUGAUAUAUUCCACCAUUAAUACUCCCAUAGCCUCCACCUUGCCAAUUACCACCCAGCCUUCCUCAGUCCUGCAUCCUGUACCAAGAGGAAUUUACAGACCAUACCCGACAGGUGUAACUGCAGUACCAUUGGCUAGCCUUACCAGGUUGCCUCAAGUGACUCCAAGAAUGCCCUUGUCCACACAGGGGCCCUAUUCCUACCCUACCCCAAACCAGUAUCCUACUUCAGCCACACCAUCAGGAAGUGUGAAUGAAGCAAGCAGCUCCCACCAGGAAACUCCAGUGUACCUUGGAAGGCCUAUAUCAACAGUUGUUGCUCAAACAGCUGCAACCAUUCCACCAACCCAACCCGCAGCACACCUAGGAGCACAAAAUGUACUAUCAACUAGUAUGCAAAACCAAGCAAAUCAACAGACAGACCGCACUCAACUUAGCUCACAGAGUGUUUCAUCAUUCCCUCAAGCUCAAGGCCAAACUCCAACUGUUAAGCCAUUGCAGGUUCAAAUGCAGCCACAACAGUUACCUGCUCAAACUGAAGCUUUAUCUUUGACUCAAACACAACCUCAAGUUCAACCCAUCAGUCAACCUCAACCAUUAGCUCUGCCACAGGGUCAGCCCCAAGGGACAAUCCACGGCACUGCCCUACAACCGAGCUCUGCAAUUUCUCCUCCCAUGGAUCCACCGAAAAGUCAAGAAGAUGAAAGACUAAGUCAACAACAAGAGCAUGUGCUGAAUCUAGAGCGAGAGCGUGUAGAACUGGAGAAAUUACGUCAGCUGCGCCUGCAUGAGGAGCUUGAAAGAGAUCGUGUGGAGCUUCAGCGUCACAGAGAAAAAGAACAACUGAUUGUUCAGCGUGAAAUUCAAGAGCUCCAGACGAUCAAGCAGCAAGUCCUACACCAACAGCAGACAGAGCGGGAGACGCAGCUCAUUAUGCAAAGAGAACAACUGGCCCAGCAGAGAAUGCAGCUUGAACAAAUUCAGUCUUUGCAGCACCAGCUCCAGCAGCAGUUGGAGGAGCAAAAAAGACAAAAGACCGCUGCAGUGGAAGCAGCAGCUACUGCUGCAGCAGCAGAGGCAGCCGCCGCAUCGGCAGUGGCAGCAGCCGCAGCAGCCACAUCUGCCCAAAGUGCGAUACAAGGGGUGGUUGUUGGUGGAGCACCCCCUCAGGGGUUUAUUAUUUGUGACCAGAGUGGUAGAGUCAUUCAACAAGAUGGACAGAGUGUUCAAUUUUGGCAGGAUGGACAAGUAGUCCAGGCCAUGGUGGCUGCUCGACCCAUUCAUAGUUCUGCCUCUGAAAUGUCUUUGAGAAGCAGUGACAAACAAACUGAUUCCAAGAUGAUGAAAAAGCAGAACUCCAUGCCUCGUCUGAGGGAUGGUACAGAGGAUGACUCUCUGAAAAAGAUUACAGACAGCUGUGUGCAAACAGAUGAUGAAGAUGGAGAGGAUAGAUUUAUGAACAGGCGUAGGAGAACAAGGCGGAUUGCCGACAGCUGUGUGCAAACUGAUGAGGAGGACCAGGGAGAAUGGGAGCAGCAGCCAGUAAGGCGCAGGCGAUCCCGUGUUUCCAAGCACUCUGAGUCCAGUGGGGAGGCUAAAUCAGAAGGGUCAUCUAAAGUGGCUUCUGCAAGUAUAGCCAUUCAGACCACAAAUGAUUCAUCGUGCCAAACAGAGCCCGACCAACUAAGCAGGAUUUCUCCUGCAAUCCACAUCACAAUGGCAGAGACCUCAAAGGUCGACCUAUUACAUUACAUAGCAGCCCCGGAAAGGACCCACAAAGGAGAGAGUUUGGCCUGCCAGACAGAACCAGAGUCUCAGUCUCAGGGUGUUGUUGCCCCUCAGCUGAGUGUCCCUACAACUAUUAGUCCAUACUCAACAAGUCUGCAUAUAGUAGGUGCAAAUGCAUCAGAACCAACCUCACCUAGACACCAAGGAGUGGUUAAGUUUGAGAGGAGGAAACCAGACCCCUUGGAAAUUGGAUAUCAACAAAAUGAGUCUCCAUCUCGGCAGCCCCCCAAAUCUCCCCAGGUGCUAUACUCCCCUGUAUCUCCAUUGUCUCCUCAUCGCAUGCUGGAGACAACAUUUGCCUCCCAGGAGAAACUCAACAAGGCCCAUGUUACACCUCAGCAGAAGGCUUUUACUAGUGAAUCUCCCCAACGUCACCAGACCCUACCAAGACCCAUUAAAAGUGUGCAGCGCUCCAUGUCGGAUCCCAAGCCUCUAAGUCCCACGUCAGAGGACCCUGCCAAGAACAGGUUCUCCCCAUAUCAUCAGCAAGCUGUUUCCAACAGUCAGCAGAUGGCCUCUCUGCAGCAGCAGCAGAACGCUCUGAUGAGGAAAAUAAAGAGGACUCUCCCAAGCCCCCCUCCAGAGGAGACUUCGCUCCCCAUUGUUACUCCAGCACAAAUGUACAGCUCCCCCGGCAUGCCACAGAGGGUCCUACCCAGACCCACCCAGGGAGUCACAAAGGCUGGCCUGCUGAGUGAACUGAAAGCUGUGGAACAAGAGUCGUCAAAGCUUCGAAAGCAGCAGGCUGAACUGGAGGAAGAAGAGAAAGAGAUUGACGCCAAGCUACGUUACUUGGAGCUAGGCAUCACCCAACGUAAGGAGACCAUGGUAAAGGAUAGAGAAAGGAGAGAGCUUGCUUACAUGAGAUGUAUGGGUGAUGCUCGGGACUACAUGUCGGACAGUGAGCUCAAUAACCUCAGGAUGGUAGCUGCAACAGGAAACUUUGAUGCUAAUAGUCUGUUAACGAGGCCCAGCACUGCACCAUUAAGCCAAUUUGCAAACGACCUCAAUGUAACCUCCCAGUAUCCCUCAACAUCAUCCUAUAUGUCUUAUCCAUACCCUCAAGUUCAGCCAUCAACACAGCAGCCAGGCUCUGCUUACCAGCAGAUAGGCUUCCAACCUCCUCAGUACCCUUCAUCCUCAGCGCCCCAGCCAGGAACAUUCCAGCCCCAUCCCCCACCAGGCCCUGGCUACCAGAACCAGGGAACUUAUUCCAAUCGCAUGUACGCCCAGCCGUCCUAUCAGACAGACCUUGGUAUGCAGCAGCAUGGUAAUCAGGCCUUCCAUCCUUCUGGUCAGUCAAUGCCUAGCCAGAACCUUCCUUACCCCAGCCACAGCUCCUACCAACCUGGUCUCUCUUACCAGCCCCAGGCAGAGAUCCUUACAGUCCAUCAAAGGCCACGUCAAACCUCUUUGGCUGACCUAGAGCAAAAGCUCCCCACAAACUAUGAGGUCAUUAGCAACCCAGCAGUGUCAGUGGCCACAUCAGUUCCAGACAGCAACUUUGGCUCAGUCUACAGCAACACAUAUGGACAGUAUCGCCCCCCGGAGCACGGCCUUCCUCAUUCAGUGGACAGCCCCCCAUCUGCUUAUUCUUCAGAUGGAGUAUAUGCCUCUAACCUGGAGCAGAAUAUUCCUAGAAACUAUGUCAUGAUUGAUGACAUCAGUGAGUUGACAAAAGAUAACGCUAACCAACCUACGGAUGCUCUAGGCCAUCCUGUGGGAGGGCGGUAUCGCAAUGAGAAUGGUCCUGCACGUGGGAGUGCUUACAAUAGACCUGAAGAUGAGCCCGUGGAUGGUUAUGGCAGACCUAGUGGAACAACAGGGUACCAGAAUACAGUGGACAGUCGCCCCAGCACCACAGUGAGUGGGGGCUCCUCCUACUACUAUGAUGAUUAUAAACACCCAUCAAGAAGCGGCUCCAGUAGCCACAAACUUGCACCGAAGAAUCUUGCCCCUGCUGUAGUCUCCUCUAAACGUAGUAAGCACAGGAAGCAGGGAAUGGAACAGAAGGUUUCUAAAUUCUCCCCUAUUGAGGAAGCAAGGGACGUGGAGUCUGACCUGGCCUCUUACACAAUGACAACAUCAACAGGAGGCAGCUGUACUGUCGUGUCAAGAUCGAAGAAGCUUCAGGACGAUGCCACCUACGGGAUGAAGAAGAAUACAUAUGACCAACAAAAAUAUUACGGCACCAGUCGUGAUGGUCUUGAGGAGGAGGACCGCAUGUACAGCUCUGGCAGAUCCAGGUCUACGGGAUAUGGUAUGGACAAAAUAUCCUCAAGAGAUGCCACAGGACACAGAAGUAAAUCCUACGAGAGGGACGCCAUGGAGCGGUCUCAAAGGAGCAGUCGCAGUGGGAGGCCUCCAAUGCGCAGCCAGAAUUCAGAAGAGGAGAGUCCAAUCAGUCCUGUUGGGAAGCCUGUAGGCUCUGGAAUACCAGAAGCCCAUGAUGUGAGGAACCAGUAUGGCUCCAGCCAUUCGUUGCCGGAUGUGCAGGACCAUCACAAGAAGGAUCAGCCCAGGAGUCAAGUCUAUAAACCAGAUGACCCUUACCUCGUUGAUGACAUGCACUGUGCUGUUUCUGACAGCGAAGCCUAUCAUUUGGGCCAAGAGGAGACUGAUUGGUUUGAGAAGCCACGCGAGGCCCGUUCUGAUCGUUCAAGACAUCACGGAGUUCACUCAUCCACAGGUAGGCGUAGUAAACACACCUACCAUGAUUAUGACGAACCUCCGGAAGAAUACUGUCCCCAGGAUGAGUACAACCAGCAACAACGCCACCCUUCCUCCACAACGCCACGGGAUCACCGUCAGCACGGCGGCGGCAGCUCUGGCAGACACAGCUCAUCUCGCCACACCUCAGAGGAUCCCAGGUCGACCCGUUCAUCUAGAACACACCCCAAAGACCCUUCCGUUCGCUCUGAUGGCAGAGGCUCCUCGUCUACACAAAGAAGGAAUGGUCCGGACUCCCGCUCCGCACAGGGAAGCCCCCGAAACUCAGGUGACUUCUCUCGAGACCCGGCCUCUGGUCAUCAUCACGGCACGGGAGGACGGAGCCAGAGACCCCAAGGAGAUCGCACAACACCCAGAAGGCAGGAGCCUUCAACAGCGGGGCCUAAACCACAGCAACAGCAACAGCAGCCGCAGCAGCAACAGCAGCAGCAGCAGCAGCAGCCCUCCCAGGGUCAUGCUGGGCAGCAACGGUCAGGUGGUCCGGUUCAGUCGGGGAGACAUCCAGGCUCUGAACCACUUGAUGUUACCCAGCAGGCUCAGCAACAACAUCAGCCGAGUGCACAACAACAACAACAACAACAACAGCAGCAGCAGCAGCAAACCCUGCAGCACAGCCAAACCCCUCAGAGCAGCCAACCUACAUCAACCACAGCAGGAGCUGGACCGGCGCAGCCCCAACCCAAAUCUGGCCAAGCCCCACCACUGGGACGACAGUCAGGAUUAGGGACUGUGGCAGGGCAACCAGCUACCACAGCCAAAAUGGAGGCUAUUCCUGCAGCAGCAGCAGCAGCAACUGGAAUGAAACCUACAACAGGAGUCCCAACAGCACCUCAGCCCACCAAAAUAGCUACACCUCCUCUUGUAGGCAUUGGGUCCAAGGCCCCCGUUGGGAUCGGCAGUAAACCCGUAGCCAUCGGCAGCGCCGCAGCGGGACCACCACCAGCUGAAGGGGAAAAUGUCCUCACCAAAAUCCUGCAAGGAGGGGCAGCAGAGCAAGCGGGGAAACUGGGCGAUGCUUUGUCUGGCUUUGGAAAGAAGUUCACUUCAUUGUGGUGAAGUGGAGAGAGGAGGGGUAUGCAGAGUUGAAAUGAGAUGGAUUCGUAACUUUGUACUUGAAAAACCUAUGAAACUGCAAUAAAUAAUUUCACAUUAACGAAUAGAGGAAGAGAGAUCCUGAGUGCACCUGACAGAGCUGGAAUCAAAGGAUGCCUUGUCAGCAGUGAAUUCCCCAGACAUGGGCACACACGGCUGAAGGGAAUUGGAUAAAGGUGAUUGCAUCAUCAGCACGGUGGACAUGAGCAAAGGGCUGAAGAGGCCUGAGAGUAAGUGGAGGCCUUGACAGAGUCCCAGAAUGAUGAUUGUGAAGACGUCUGAGGCCUUAUUGGACCAAUUGAGGACACCAACGGUCAAUUAUAGGGAGGUGGGGAAGGAGGAUACGAGUCCAACUCCUCUUCUUCCUCCUGGAGACCUGUGUGACACUAAAAGGCCCCUCUUACACCUGACAGCUCAGUGUGACAGUCCUAGCUCUCCCUUCAAACAGCUCCAAAAUGGAAAUACCACAGCGCUCUCUAUAGGAAUUCUAAUGGAACAUCACUUGUGUCUGAGGAGUGCACAUCUGGCAAGGAUUUUGAUUCAACAUUGUGAAAAAAAAAGAAUAAGAUAUAUUUUCAUAGGUUUUUCUUUUAUCAAAGAUACUGAUAUCUGCCCACGACGAAACCACGUACCUGAGGUAGAGAAGGUGUAUGACGGCCAAGACUCACAACCUGACCACUCCACUACGAUCGUUGAAUGCUUGGUUUCUCUGAUCUCUAUAGUACAUUCCAGUUUAGGGUAUUUUACCCUUUAUUUGAAUGUGUUUUUAUUUCUCUUUUUUUAUUCAAUGUCUACAGAAUGCAUUGUAUACAUGUGGACAUGAGAAUGCACGCACAAAUGUUUGAAAAACUUUUAAAGAGUCCAUACUAAUACUUUUUCACCACCUAUGAAUCAACCACUAGUCAUGGGCUGUAGGUUGUUGGGGAAGAGAAGAACUACCAGUGUGCCCACGAGUGUGAGAUCACACUCACGAGAGGACCAAAUGAAGGAGUGGCCACGGCUCUUAAUUAGCCAUCGCAAAGCCAUCGUUGUAGUCAGCUGAGGCUGACUUUAAAAAGGAUAAAGCCUCAGAGUGGAAUUUAUCCUUUUUAUUGAUUUGUCUCAUCUUCUAGUUUCUUUUCGUUUUUGCCUGAUAUUCACAGAAUGGAAGAGCCUUAUUCAGUACAUGUUUUUACUUGUAUACCUCAUACGUUUUAAAAUGUCAAAGUCAUCAUGUAUUUCUUUUUACACAACUGUAUUCUAUUGUAUGUACACAAACCAGAGAUCUAAUUAUGUAAAUUUGUCAUUUGUGCAUUUAUGGAUUGCUCUCCAGUGACUUUUUGUUUGUUUGUUUUUCUUUGGUAAAGCUUUAUAUUUUUUAAUUUUUUAAUUUGUUUUAAUGUGUUUUGUUUUGCAUCAAAUAAUUUGCUUGUUGAUUUUUUUAAAAGCAAUAGCAUGCAGAAAAUGGUAUAUAGCACAAUCGUAUAAAUGUUGUUCAAAUCAGUGAUGGGAAAUAUCAAACACUUCUGUCGACCAAUAGACGUAUAAAAUAUGUCAGAGGGUUUACAACCACAGACCCGUGUUCAUACGUGCAUGUGAUGUGCAAAUGAGAGCAUGCAGUCGGGUACGAACACACUCACACAGUCUCUCUCUCUAACUCUUGCAGACACAUAUUCCCAUAUUGCACAUGUACUUUACACCUCCGAGCCAGGGUUAAUUGUGGUCUCCACCGAAUAGAGACGGUAACCUCCUGCUGAUCAGUGAGGUGACCGAUUCACCACCAAGAUGAUCCCUCGAGCACGCUGGGCCCACUGCCUCUACGUGUGCAAAGACACACACAAACAUGUGCUUAGGAUAUGAAAGCAAUUAUCAAUUCAAAUGUUCUAUGCAAUGACUCAUUUUGAACCUGGGAGUGAUUCUGCCUAAAACAGUUUGUCAUCAUCACUGUUCUCACAAGAAAACAACAAAUAUAUGAACGACGGUGGUUAAAAAAAAAUAAUGUCAUGAAAAUGUUUUUACUUAGCAACUUGUCUGUACGGAUUUGAAUAUUGAACUAGAAUUGUUUUUAUUUUCGUGGCAUGUUUCGACCCCUCAUUCCCCGCACAGGGACUUGUUGCCAAAGGGUGAACUGUGUAGACUGUCGGUUUGAAUGUCCACCAUCAUGUUGCUUUGAAGCAUGGGUUCGCUUGGCUUUGUCUGGCUGUUUGUAAGCCUUCAUUCAGUUUUUGUGCGUUCUGGCUGACCUGGGCUCCUCAGUGUUUGGCUUGCAGUGACUGUGCUAUAUACCUGUAACACAGAUGGUCAGCACUUCUCAUUAAUACUUGUUAGUGUACAUAUUGGGUGUCAGUAUAACCUGUGGGUUGAAUGGAAUGCUUCUAUUGGAUAUUUCAUUGUUGAUUAAAGCCACUCUGCGGCCAAGGCAUUGGAGAGGUGCAUGAUUAGAUCUUAUAUUCAUGGAAGUUGUACCUGACUGGAAAAAGGCUGAGGCAGGAUUCCAUCGAGGUUUGCCUAACAAACCUUGACUUUCACAGGCCAACGUAGAGAACCUAAAUGUACAGCCGGGGCGUGUCCUUUUCAGAGCGCGAGCCUAACAGGCAGCAUAAAUACGGAGGUUGCGUAACACUACCUGCAACUAAACAGUGUGAGAUCGACAUCAAAGUUGGAAACAGCCUCUGGUCGAGAAGAAGUGCAAGGGAGAAAAAAAAAAGCCUUCGAUGCAGCUGUCCUUUCCACGGAAAGGCAGAGAGAAACACAUUCUUACAUACAAAUGUAAAUACAAAUUCUUUCUUCUGUACAGCUUUUGAGUUCUGUGUACGGCUGUCAUGUGCAUCCCCAUGCCGUAUUUGCUGCCAACUUUUGUGUAUAAAAAGAAUUAUUUACUACCACAAUAAUGAUGGUGAAACUAAUGAUGAGGAUUAUUAUUGCAAAAGCAUAAUGUAUGUGGCUGACUUGUAUUGACUGUUUACAGCAGUGGAACAGAACUCGUCUUCAGAAAAAUACCCAGUCUGUGUAUAGUUUCUAUACAUAUCGUGCUUGUAAAACAAGAAGAAAGAACCUCCUCAGCAACUGCAUCACUGAAAGCCUUUGUCAGACUAUCAGGAGGUCUUCAAUUUGAUAGAUAUGAUCUGCAAAGGGGAUGAGGGUAAAUGGAAGCAAAAAAAGGAAAUAAAAAAUCUGGAAAAUGUCAUUCACUGUUGUAAGUGCAAUGGGCAAAACGUCAGUCGUGUAUCCAUUGUGAAACCUUGUGUUCUAUUCAGUGUAUUCCUGUAAACAGAGUAAAUUUUGGUGCAUCAUGUCAAGUAAUGUGAUUAAUGAAAAAUAUUGACCCUGCAAUUUCCAAACAGAGAGAAGAAUAAAAAGAAAAGGAACAUA